UAUUGCCUCGUAUCUUCGAACUCGGAAUUUCUUGCUGAUCCAUUUGCUACUUAACAGGCCCUCUCAAGACCCAUCGCCUACUUCUGCUCAGCAGCUUCAAGCUAUUCUUUUUCAGUAUUCGCCAUCGAACAGCUUAAAUCGUCGCGAAAUGGGUGGCUCAAUAUUCUCCUCGGGGGACGACCCUCUAUACACUCCACGCAUGCCGCCCCAUAUCUAUCAUCAUGUCAAAGCCGCAUGCCACGCUGCCCUACGCACCAUGUUCAUGUGCGUCGCUGCACCCAUCGAGGGCCCCGAGAAGAAGGACUAUGGAGACCUCGACAUCCUCGUGGUCAUGGAGACCCGCCUCGUCUUUCCAACAUCUCCCCAACAUGGUGUUCCCAGAGGAUUGGAGGAGCUUGCGGCCGAUAUCAAGACAGCCUUGAACGCAGAGCGCUCCAUAGUCAACCCAUACACUAAUUCGAUGCACCUUGCUAUCCCCUGGCCCAAAGACGAUUCCCAGCUUGGAGAGGAUAGGGAUACCACGCAACGAUAUAUCCAGGUCGAUAUCUGCAUCUGUAAGAGUAUGGACCAGAUGUUUUGGGCACUCUUCAAAAGCGCACAUGGCGAUGCGUGGACUCUCUUGGGGUCCAUGAUCCGGCCCUUUGGUCUGACUGCUGACGAUGAAGGCCUUUGGCUCCGGAUUCCCGAGAUUGAGAAGCUGGACCGAAAAAAAUCCAGGGUGCUACUGACUACCGAUCCGGUUGAAGUACUGCACUUUCUUGGGAUGCAAGUGGAAGGAUACUGGUCCGAGCCGUUUCCCACGGUUGACGCAAUGUUCAACUACAUUGCUACCUGCCGUUUUUUUACCGUCAACGAAUCCUCAUCCGAUCCUGCUCAGGACAACAGCAGCACAAAAAGGAACAUGAAGACCCGCCCUAUCUUCCGGAAGUGGUUCUGCGACUUUCUUCCUCGCCUUCGAGCUGAUGGCCGGUUUGAACAGCAACACCAAAGUGUGUCCGAUACCAGUGACCUCCGAGUGCGCGUUCGCGAUGAAGCCUUCCGGACCUUCAACGUUGAGCCCAAUUAUUGGGCCCAAUUAAAGGACUGGCGGCUGAAAAAGGAGCCCGAGGCAGUAAAGAACCUGAUAAAAUUGGCAAUUCCAGAUGACCUCGAUCCCCAAUUUAGAGGCAGCCUGUUGAGUGCUAUCAAGAAGAUUGUCAUGGCCAAGGUAUCACUCCGGAAUGACGAAGGAUUCUACAAUAAGGACAUGACGCGGGCCUUUGUGGAGGAGAACUGGGAGGACAUAGGCAAACUUGCUUUCAAGAAAUACAGCGAUGCGUAUUCUGCAGGACUGCAAUCGAAGAAGCUCAAGAAUGCCCACGGGACUGCAAUCCAAUCGCAAUGAUACCCGCGCGGUCUUGCCAUUGAGGGGGUUGGAGAAGAAGGCAGUGUCAGGCGUCAGUGUCAGGCGUCCGCUGCCCAGCGGUUGACUACGGUUUCCGAAAGUUUUCUCAGGUCUCUUGGCCUCUAUAUCACGAUUGCAGGCUUGGCCUAGCACAGCGAGCGGUAGAUAUUUUGGUAGAUUGUUAUUCUUCUCGGCUCCAUCGAUUACUCCCGUCCGUGCAGCAUCGCGUCGUUCAACAUUGCUACAUACCCAAUGUAUCAGAUCGCAUUGGGCUAUGCUAUCUUCAGGUAAGACGUAUCUCCCGUCUGUCUGCAUGAUUGAGAGCCAUGAAAACCAACACAGUAAGAACUUGAGUGCAUUCG